GCUAUUUUGAGCUUUCCUGACAGUGAUUGACGACUGGAGGAAACAUUUAAAAGCAGCAGUGGGGGUCCGGGUUUGCCAGACAGCACAGGAGGAGAAUCCACGGCACAUCGCCCUGAUUGUUCGGGAGCUGGCGACGUGGCUGUGACUGCGCACCUCUGGGUGCUUCCUUUGGAUUAGACAACCUUUACUCAUCAAGACUCCCCGCCGCCCUGUCUGCUGACCCACAGCAAUGAGGUCCCGGCUUCGGCUGCCCGUGCCCCACUUGCCAACGAUUCGGGAAACUUCAGAGGAGUUACCACAUGGGGCACCUGGGCAGGAGCCCCCAACCUCUCCCAGCCUGGAUGACUAUGUUAGGUCUAUCUGUCAGCUGGCACAGCCGACCUCAGUGCUGGACAAGGUCAUAGUCCAGAGCCGACCCCACAGACCCUACCGUCCAGCGUGGACCAGAGAGAAGAGGCGCCAGGCUGAGUCUCUAGGAGACUGCUCUCCUUGCUUCAGCAGCCAGCCCACACUGCCCUCUCCUGGCACUGACAACCCUCUGGACUGGCUCUUCGGGAAGUCCCAGGAACAACACACAGAUAGAAGAGACCUGCCCAAUGGGACCAGCUCUUUUGGCCAUGGGGGUGUACACAAGCAGAUGGACAAGGACAUGGGGAGGCUCUGUGAGGCCAGGGUACCCGAGUAUGCCCUGGGAAGAAAAUCGGGGCAUAGGCAGCAGACCUCCAACCUGAAAAGUUGGACUUCUAGAAAGUCUCACCAGGCUUCAGCUUCCGUCUCCGGCUCUCGCCCCAGCAGCCUCCUCAGUACACUCUACCUGCACCUCCCAGUGAUCCAUGAACUCUAACCCCUCCCAGCCAAAGUUCAUGAAGAAUGUGGUGGGUCCCUGUGGCCUCCCCCAGCUUCCCUCUCCUGUGGACUCCUCCUGGCAGGUCUGCAGGGACUGGGCAAUUCCUAGUGAGACCCAGUGUCUAAAGAGUACUGACAGUCUGGCUCCUACAAUGCAACCUGACUGGUACCAUCCGUUUGUCACCAGCUGGCUGGUGACCGUGAAGGAGUGACUUGGUGUCUCUAUUCCUUGGUUUUAUCAUGGUUAAAAUGACUGACUGUGAGUGGAGUGACCACCUCCCAGAUCAUUCUAAUGAGGAAAUGUGUGCUGUACUCUGGGUGUCCGCCAAAGUCUCAUGUGAAAUCAAGGGCCAAGGGAGGGGAGGGGGUCUCCGCUCCCUAAAGCAGUGGUUUUCAACCUUUCUAAUGCUGUGACCCUUUAAUAUGUUCCUCAUGUUGUGGUGACCCCAAAACAUAAAAUUGUUUUUGUUGCUAUUGUAAUUGUGUUACUGUUAUGAAUCAUAAUAUAAACGUGUUUUCUGAUGGUUUUAGGCGACCCCCAUGAAAGGGUUUUUUGACCCUUAAAAGGGUUGAGACCCACUGAUUGAGAACCACUGUCCAAAAGGCUUCCAAGUAAGGGCCUGGUCUCUAUCCCCCUUGAGGUGCAUAUUUCCUGAGGCCCAACAAAAUACAUGAGGUCUCAGCAGAUUUAUCACUGCAUUUCCUACGGACUGUCACCUAGGCACCUGGGGAACCUGCUGUCUUGGCUCCAGUGCCUGAAUCUCAUUGUGGUGCCAGAGACAUGCUCAGGGCCAAAAUGGAAUCUGCAGCACACAGGCUGAAGGCUGCCACAUGCCCGGAUCUGGCGGCCUAGUCUCCACUUGUCCUUUAGUGUACCUAACAUCUUCACCUGAGCCUCUGCCACAGGAAGGGGUUCCCAGGGGGAAGUUGUUCAACCACCUUGUUCUAGCUAAGCCUGGAUGUCCAAAGGCUUUGGACAUUCAGGCCAGCACUGGAUCCCCACAGCCCAGAGAAUACCAGCUCCUGGGGGCAUCUACCAAGCAAGAGGGUGAAGAGGGGGAGUCGGUGAUGGAAGGAUUUCCUUUCUCAGAGAGGCAGCUGUGUUCUCAGAGAGCAGAAAAAGAAAUCAGAACUCAAGGCCCAGCACCCAUUCCCUUGUACUAGGCUGGAGCCAGCUGACCACGCUCGGGAUAGAAGUGUCCAGGAGAGAAGGGGAAAGCUGGGGUGCGGCUGAGCUUGCUUGGUGCACUGCCGGUCUCUCUCUCUCUCUCUCUCUCUCUCUCUCUCUCUCUCUCUCUCUCUCUCUCUCUCUCUCUGUGUGUGUAAGAGAGAGAGAGAGAUCUUAACCACUUUGCUGUCUUCUUUUGCAUGUAUUUUCUCAGAAACAGAAUGUAAACCACAUACCAAAAAGAAAAUGUUUCAGACAAG